AUGGAUAGACUCCCAAAAUGUGAAGCCAAUUAUGUACCUCUUACUCCACUCACCUUCUUGAAGAGAGCCUCCAUGGUUUACUCUGCCCGUACCUCUAUAAUUUAUGGUGGCGUCCGGUUCACAUGGCAGCAAACUUAUGAGAGGUGUUGCCGCCUUGCUUCUACUCUCCGAUCGCUCAAUGUUGUCAAGAAUAACGUGGUGUCUGUGUUGGCACCAAAUAUACCAGCACUUUAUGAAAUGCACUUUGCUGUACCAAUGGCCGGGGCUGUGCUAAAUGCUAUCAACACAAGGCUAGAUGCUAAAAACAUUGCUACAAUUCUCAGGCAUUCCGAAGCAAAGGUUUUCUUUAUUGAUUACGAGUACGUGCCUCUUGCACGUGAUGCUUUACGUAUUUUGAUGGCUGACUUGCAAAAGUCUGAUAUUUCAAUGCCAUUGGUUGCUGUCAUUGAUGAUAUUGGCUCCCCAACCGGUGUUCGUCUAGGCGAACUUGAGUACGAGCAAUUAAUCUUUCAAGGAAAUCCAAGUUAUGUUCCUGAAGAGAUUAGUGAUGAAUGGGAUCCAAUUGCAUUGAAUUAUACAUCCGGCACGACAUCAGAGCCUAAAGGAGUUGUGUACAGCCACAGGGGGGCUUAUUUAAGCACUUUGAGCCUAAUUUUAGGUUGGGAAAUGAAGAGUGAACCUGUCUAUUUAUGGUCACUUCCUAUGUUCCACUGCAAUGGAUGGACAUUCACCUGGGGUGUUGCGGCCCGGGGAGGGACCAACGUGUGCAUACGCAACACGACAGCCGAAGAAAUGUACAAAAAUAUAGCUUUACACAAAGUUACACACAUGUGUUGUGCACCUAUCGUAUUCAACAUCCUCCUUGAAUCCAAGAUGCAUGAACGACGCCAAAUAACCUCCCCAGUCGAAAUACUCACUGGUGGUGCUCCCCCACCGGCAUCCCUUCUCGAGAAAAUUGAAAAACUUGGUUUUCAUGUCGUGCAUGCCUAUGGCCUAACCGAAGCCACUGGACCUGCAAUGGUUUGCGAGUGGAAGAGGGAGUGGAAUGAGUUGCCGAGGGAGGCACAGUCCAAGCUCAAAGCAAGGCAAGGAAUUAGUGUACUGACACUUGCGGAUGCUGAUGUGAAGGACCUAAAAACAAUGCAAAGUGUGCCAAGAGAUGGUAAAACAAUAGGUGAAAUUGUCCUCCGGGGAAGUAGCAUCAUGAAGGGAUACCUGAAGGAUGAAAAAGCAACCUCAAAAGCCUUUCUCAAUGGAUGGUUCAGCACAGGUGAUGUCGGGGUGAUCCAUCCCGACGGGUACUGUGAAAUUAAAGAUAGGUCUAAAGACGUUAUUAUUUCAGGCGGGGAGAAUAUAAGUAGCGUAGAAGUCGAGGCAGUACUUUACAAACACCCUAGCGUGCUAGAGGCCUCGGUCGUUGCCAUGCCUCAUCCCAAGUGGGGGGAGAGUCCUUGUGCAUUUGUAACCUUGACAAAGAACUCCAAGGACGACCCCCGCACCGUGAAGGAGGUCGACAUUAUACAACACUGCCGGAAUAAUUUGCCACAUUUUAUGGUGCCAAAGAAAGUUCAUUUCAUGGAGGAGUUGCCAAAGACUUCUACCGGAAAAAUUCAGAAAUUUCAAUUGAGGGCUUUGGCCAAGACUUUUGUCAUACUGGAAAAUGGAAAUCAAUCUAUCAAGAAGUCAACUCAAGUCAAUCGUGAACAACCUAGAUAUAACCAUCAACCUCAAGAGCAGAUUCUUGCCCUGUCUCGUCUCUAA